AUGGUGAAAGUGUGGUCAGCAGUAGCGGCGGCAACGGCGGCAACAGCCGGCGCACACACUCAUCGACCCUUGGAAUGCGACCACUGGCAUCCAAGGUACCCUUCUGAUGGGCACUACAACACGACGGCAUCGAUCUCGACGGACAAGCUCAACGUGCACUUGAUUCCCCACACCCACGACGACCCUGGCUGGCUGCUCACCGUAGACCAGUACUUUACGCAGGAAGUCGACUACAUCUUGGACACGGUCGUGACCGAGUUGCAAAAGGACCCGAACCGCCGCUUCAUGUAUGUGGAGCAAGCAUUCUUUCAGCGCUGGUGGCGUGAGCAGACCAAAGAAACCAAGCAACUAGUUAAGCAACUCGUGAAGAACGGCCAAUUGGAUCUGUCGGCCAACGGCGGGUGGGUCAUGCACGACGAAGCGACUCCGCACUACACGACGAUGCUCGAUCAAACUGCUUUUGGCCACAAGUUUCUACUGGAUGAAUUUGGUGUGAUCCCGCGCAUUGGUUGGCAGAUCGAUCCAUUUGGCCAUUCAUCGACCCAAGGCUCGCUCUUGUCGGCAGGCAUUGGCUUUGACGCUCUGUACUUUUCGCGCAUUGACUACCAAGACUAUGAAAAACGCAAAAAGGAUAACACGUUGGAAUUCAUGUGGAAGCCGUCGGCGUCUCGCAACGACUCGGUGUUUACAGGCGUGAUGCAGGAUGGGUAUGGCGGACCCAGGGGCUUUUAUUUCGAUCAAGAUGCCCCGAUUAAAGACGAUCCGUACCUACACGACAACAACAUUUGCGAUCGCAUCAACACAUUCGUAGACCAAAGCUUGGCGCGCGCUCAGCAUUCGCAAGGCAACCACAUCUUUUGGCCCGUGGGUGAAGAUUUCAAGUUCCAAAAUGCGGUCAAGUGGUUUAAAAAUUUGGACAAGUUGAUCCAUUAUACCAACCAAGAAGGCCGCGUGAAUGUAUUUUACUCGACAUUGGGAAACUAUACCGACGUGAAAUUGCAAGACAAAUCGCUUCAGUGGACCACCAAGACCGACGACUUUUUUCCGUAUGCUGAUCGGGCGAAUGGUUACUGGUCUGGGUACUUUACAAGUCGCCCAGCGUUGAAACGAUACAUUCGGGUAGCCAACAGCCUUUUGCAAACACUUCGCCAUUUGGAAGUGUGGGCCGGUAAAACAACCACGGGAGUCCACCAAUUGGCGGCGUCGGUCGGGUUAAGUUUACACCACGAUGGGAUCACGGGUACGGAGAAGCAGGCGGUGGCAGACGACUACGCGCUUCGUCUGUCGGAAGGAGUCGCCGCGGGCACCGCGCGCCUGAACGACCUCCUGCGCCCGUUCUCGAGCCAGCCAUUUGCUCUGUGUUUGCUCACCAACAUGAGCCUCUGCAACACGACCGAUUCGGAUCCAUUUACUUUCUUUGUGUACAAUCCGCUGGCUGUGGCCCGUUCGUAUACCAUUGAACUCCCGAUCAUUGCCAAGAAUGCAGCGGUAGAGCUGGCGAAUGGCACGGCUGUCCCGAGUGUUGUGGUUCCGUUUGUACCAGUAUAUUCGCAACCCAUUGCAAACGCGGCGCCGCAUCAAUUGGUGGUGCAGGCCCACGUCCCGCCUCUCAGUUGGUUGGUCUACCAUGUAACCUUUCCCAAAGCUUCGUCAUCGGAGGAGUCGACUAAUGGAUGGGAUGUGGUGACGGAAUCCAUCAUGUCCGCUGAAAACGAGUUUGUCCGUGUCGAAGUCAACACGGUCACGGGAUCGCUCGUGUCGCUAACUAACAAGGCGACCCAGACCAAACUCAACGUGACCUCUUCGUUGUUGUACUAUCAGGCGUAUGGGAAACAAGGGGAUUCGUGCUCGUCGGGAGCGUAUUUGUUUCACCCAAACACGUCGGCGGUGCACAAUUUGCCGUCUGUGACAUCGUUCAAGUGCCAGAAAACAGUGUUGCUGGCGUCGUGUGUGUUUCAAUUUGGCACGUGGGGGUCGUUGCAGUACAAGUUGCGCGCGUGGGACCACUCGGUGGUCGUGGAAUGGACGGUUGGACCCAUUCCCAUUGACGACGACAAAGGCAAAGAAGUGAUCCUUCGGUUUGAUACGUCGAUCCAGUCCGAGAAAACGUGGUACACGGAUUCGAACGGGUUGGAGUUUGUAAAGCGCGUACGAGACUACCGCGAGACUUGGAACUUGACGCUGCACAACGAAGAAGAAAAGGUCGCAGCCAACUACGUGCCCAUCACGAUUGCCACGUAUAUCCGAGACAAGUCGAAUCAAUUCAACGUCAUCACAGACAGAGCCCAAGGCGCGGCCAGUUUGAAAGACGGGUCGAUUGAAAUCAUGGUGCACCGGCGGUUGCUUUUCGACGACCACAAAGGGGUCGGUGAAACUUUAAAUGAAACGGAAACGGUGGAGUUUGCCAACCAGAAGAAGACGACAACGCAGGGCCUGACGGUGCGCGGGUCGAUAGCGCUAAGUGUUGGCCCCGUACAUUCUGCGAUGGAGUUUCUUCGGGUGGAAGUGCACCAGCGCCAUCUCGACGCUCUCGUGGCUGUGACAAAGUUGAACCCGCAGCUCCAUUUGCCGUCGAAUCCGUCGGUGGCCCCGCGGCUGCCCCGAAACGUCGGGCUGACGUCGAUGCAAAUCGUAGCCAGCACAUCGUGCCUUGUCGUUCGACUGACCCACCUCUUUGCUAUACACGAGCAUCCCGUAUGGUCCACGGUCGCGAGGGUGGAUUUAAAUGAUUUGUUGGGCGGCCACUGGUGCACGUAUCGCGUGACGGAAGUGAGUUUGUCUGCCAACCGAAUCAUUGGACACACCCAAAAUAGCACGUUGGUGACGCUGGAGCCAAUGCAAGUGCGGGCAUUUCAAGUGUGUGAAGGACACAACACGAUGAACGCCACGGCGGUGUAUGAUCCUUUUGUGACAGAUUUAGCUGCACAAGACAUUCCCAUCGACUCGGACAUGCAGGCUCAAGUAUAAUCCACAGUAAUUUCUCCACAUACGACAACCUGGAUGGAGCAAAUAGUGUUACGAUGAUAAAGAACAUGCUUCUGUAGCGA